AUGGCGGUGUUACCUGAGAUCGAACAAUUGGCUAAGGCCAGGGAACUGGCGAUGGAGAACAGUCCACAGGAUAUGUUGCCUAAGGUUCUGGAGACAUCGUUGGCGCUGUACCGUAACGCUAGCACCAGCCAGGAGUUGAAGUUGGAGCUGGCCGUGUUUUAUUCAAAAUUAUACACUGAUAUUUUGAAUCAUGAACAGAUAUCUAAUAUUGAAAAACCUUUUAUUGCCUCGAAGAACUUUGACUAUUUGUGGGAUAUUUGUAAAGCAAUGGAUGAUGAGCUGGUGUUCAAGAACUGUACGUUUGCGUUUGCAAAAUGCUACCCUAUGUUAUUUGACAUUGUGGCCAAGACUUCGAAUCAAAAAUUGUGGGAUUCGAUGCAGGAGAUGAAACAGUUUAUAAUAUCAAAAUGGAGUCCUCCAUAUAAUUCAGCUUCAUUGAGCAUGAUGUUUGUCGACACGAUCCUGUUGGACUUGCCAAAAAACAUUGGUUCAAAAUUAGCCAUCGCAAAAUUUAUGGCCGAAGUCAUCAUUGUCCAAACAUCUGCGACUCCAAGUUCAUCUAGUGGAUCAUCAAAUAAAUCAAAUACUGAUGUACAAACGGAUGUAAGUAUAUCAUCUGUGCCAAAUAGCCAUCCUGUUAUUUCUAAUAAAGCGCAAUUGGAUGCCGAGGCCAAGAAACUAUUGAACUUGCUAUUAAACUAUUUAGUAGAAGAGCCAAUUAUGGUUCCUACAAUGUUCAUGGGUGUAAUCGACUGUUUGUCCUUUAUUAUCAAGAGUAGACCCCAGUCGGCAAUACGCAUCUCUUCUGCUCUACUGAGAUUUAAUAUUGAUGCGAAAUUCCAGAUAAAAGAGACUUCAUCGUUAAACUAUAGAUUAUCAAAGAGAUUUGUGGAACGUUCUUACAAAAAUUUCGUUCAAUUUUGCUUAAAGGCUCAAUUGAUCAAGAAUUCAGGUCAAAUGUCAACUAUUUACACAAAAUUAUCAAAAAUAUCACAGACAUUACAUGUCAUUGGUGAAGAGACUAAAAGUAAAGGUAUUCUAAACUAUGACAAGACACAAUAUAAAAAACCAAUAACUGACAAGGAGAAAAAGAAAUACUUGCAAUUGUUGCAGAAAAAACAAGCACAAAGACAGGCAGCACCAAGCCCUUCGUCCUCCAAUUCAAACUCAUCAUCUAAUAGUUCUGCAAUAGAUGCAGGUACGUCGAGCUCAAAUAGCAAUAGCAACAGCUCGAGUGCAUUGACCCAUACUGUUAGUCCACCAGUGCCUGAAGAGAGUACAUCCACCGUUGAUAGAACCACACAACAAUUGAUGGAUCUUCAGAACUAUACGUUAAGUAAAAACUCGAUACCUAAUUUCUUCAACUCGUCUCCAAUUGCAUUUGACAACUCAUACGGUGCUAUUUAUUCAUUAAUGAACAGUAAAAACUCAAAUCAAGAUAUAUCCAAGUUAUCUCAGGAUACUAUGAUCAAGCUGUGUAGUGAAGCUUUCUACAACACAUCUGCGUCAAAAUUGAUAUCAGCUUUAUCCAUUGUAGCGUCCAGAUACACAGAUCUUAUGACCAAAAACCCACAAACUGGUAAGAAAAGAAAAUUUGAUGUGGAAGGUGAAGUGUUCGAAAAUGAAUCUAAUAAAAGGAUAAAAAAUGAGGAUGAGGAAGAUGAGGAUGAGGAAGAAGAUGAGUAUAAUAUUGAUGAAGAGAACCUAGAGGUUUCAAAUUCUGAUCAAAAUGAGAUAGGCUAUAUGAAACCAUUAGAAUUAUCUGAAGAUGACAAAAUGAAACAUUUAAAGAGGAUUGUCAGUAGAAUCAUGAAUAUCAAAGACUCUGAAAAUGGAGCAGAUAGUACCACAUUUAUAAAUAAAGACAUUGAUCCAUUGCAAAAAGUUAAGUUAUUGCAAUGGGACAACAAAGAAUCGUGGUUACACAUACUUACUAGAUUAGCUAUCAGAGGUGUUAGCCACGAUAAUCAGAUGAGUAACUUAAUAAGAGAAACAAUAUACAAUUACUUCCUUGAGGAUAUAAAUGAAAGGAUAUCAGUAGCCAUCGAAUGGCUGAAUGAAGAAUGGUUUUACGAGACCUUUUCAUCUGAGCAAGAACCUGACGUCAAAGAAGAGGACGGUGAAGAUGAAAGCAACUACAGAAAAUGGUCCUUAAAACUGUUGGACGGUUUAGUCCCAUUCAUCGAAAACAAGCAUAGAAGGUUAUUCAUCAGAUUAAUCAGUGAGUUACCAAGCUUCUCACAAGAGCACAUCGAUAUGAUUAGACCCAUCUGUCUGGACCCAGCAAGAAGUUCCCUAGGGUUCCAAUCUCUGAAAUUUCUGAUAAUGUUCAGACCACCAGUGAAACCAUUUAUCAAGAACUUCUUGGAACAAAUUAAAAACGACGACAACUCAAUGGCAGAACAGUGCGACGCCAUCCUGUCAAAGUAUUACCAAGAGACCCCAGUUUGA